AUGAGGAUUUCCUCCAUCACCUUUAUCAUCGCUGCCGCAGCUGUUGGCCGCGUAGCAUCUCAAAGCACCGGCGAACUCGGCGAUGCCACUAUUGCCACCAACCCAGCUGGUGUUGUGUACGAGGCAGUGCUUCCCGGCCAGCUUUUCUACAAGGCAGGUUCGUUGAACGGCAACGUUCGAGGCUCCAUCAUUGCCUCAACGGCCACAGGCGGCAAGGGUGUCAAGUUCAAGGUUAAGUUCUCGAACUUGCCUAAGGAGGGCGGCCCAUUCACCUACCACCUCCACGUCAACCCUGUACCGCAGGAUGGCAACUGCACAAAGACUCUAGCUCAUCUCGACCCCUUUAUUCGCGGCGAGGCCACGCCAUGCAAUGUGUCCAAGCCUGAGACCUGCCAGGUCGGUGACCUGAGUGGCAAGUAUGGUACUGUAAUCGCCGACAACGAAAAGACCUACAUUGACCCCUACCUUUCCAUUGUGGAGGGUCCCGGCUCCUUCUUUGGCAACCGUAGUUUCGUCUUUCACUUUGCGAACAAGACACGUAUCAGCUGCGCGAACUUCACAACAAAAAGACCUACAUUGACCCCUACCUUUCCAUUGUGA